AUGUCUCAGAUUUACGACCCAGAGAAGAGCCCACCGGUGGCCAUCGAGCAGGUAGACACCAAGGCCGACCGCGACCUCGCGGCCGCGACGGCUGCCCUCGAGCACACGUACGAGGGCGAGCAUGGCACCAAGCGCGUGCUCAAGCCGCGCGUCGUGAGCAUGAUCGCCAUUGCGGGGUGUAUCGGCACAGGCCUGUUCCUCGGCUCCGGCGCCGCGCUGGUCAACGGCGGCCCGGUCGGCUUCUUUCUCGGAUACCUCAUCAUGGGCUGCCUUGUCGGUAUGAUGAUGUACAGCCUGGGCGAGAUGACGUGCUUCGCGCCGAACAUCGGCGGGUUCAUCGAGAUGGGGAACAGGUACAUUGACCCUGCGUACGGCGCGAUGAUGGGCCUCAACUACAUCUUCCAAGUGGGUAUCGGGGUCCCGGCCGAGCUGUCGGCGCUAGCCUCGCUCGUCGGGUUCUGGGACAAGAGCAGCAAGCACGCCGCGGCGUACAUCACUGCCUUUUUGCUGUUUGCGCUGUUUUCGAACGUGGUCGGAGUGAGAUUGUACGGCGAGAUCGAGUUCUUCUUCGCCGUCCUCAAGUUUGGCACGCUCAUCGGGCUGAUCUUGUUCGGCCUGAUCGCGGACCUGGGCGGCGUGCCCCCGCACCGCGAGUUCAUCGGCGGACGCCACUGGCGCAACGAGCCGUGGAACGACAACUUCAAGGGCCUUGGCUUGCCGGUCAACCUCAGCCGGUUCCUCGGCUUCUGGAGCGUCUUCACCAAGGCGGCGUUCUCGUAUGCGACGACCGAGGGCGUCGCGGUGCUCGCUGGCGAGGCGCAUAACCCCCGCAAGACGAUGCGCACUGCCAUCCGGACGGUGUUUUAUCGAAUCGUCGGCAUCUACAUGCUCUCCGUCCUCGUCAUCAGCCUCAAUGUCUCGCAGCACUCGCCUGACCUCCUCUCGGCAGUCGCGCUGGGCGGGCACGACGCCGCCUCCUCCCCCUUCGUGGUGAUCUGCAAGCAGACCGGCGUGCGCGUGCUCCCGCACAUCAUCAACGCGGUGGUCGUCACGUCCGCCGCCUCGUCCACCAGCGAGAACCUGUACGCGUGCUCGCGUACCAUGGUCGCGUUGGCACGCCAGCGUGCCCUCCCGCGCGUCUUCCUCAAGACCGACAAGCUCGGUAACCCCAUCGUGGCCGUCGGCGCCGCCACCGCCAUCGGGCUCCUCGCGUACCUCUCCCUCUCGAACGGCUCGAACCAGGUCUUCCUGUGGCUGUCCAACCUCGGCGCGCUGAGCUCCCUGAUCAACUGGACGUCCAUCUGCAUCUGCUUCCUGCGCUUCAAGAAGGCGCUCGCCGUGCAGGGCAUCGACAGGCGCAAGCUCCCCCUCAGGUCAUGGUGCCAGCCGUACAUGGCGUGGGUGUGCAUCAUCUUCUUUUCGCUGGUUGUCAUCUUCUCGUCCUUCACCGCCUUCCUCGGCGGGUUCAAGGUCGUCGACUUUGUCGCGGGAUACAUCACGCUGCCGUUCCUCCUGCUCUUCUUCCUCGGCUACAAGAUCCUCCGCAAGACCAAGAUGGUCGAUUUGAAUGAGAUCGACCUCAGCGACGGGCCGGCCGAGGCGCUCGAGGGGACCAGGUACGACCGGUACGGCGAUGUCCAGGCGGCCAUGUUUACGCAGUAG